AUGGCCCCCAAAAAGCCAGACCCCAAGAAGGACGAUGCCAAAGCCGCCAAGGCGGCUCCCGCGCCCGCGCCCGCGCCCGCGCCAGCGCCCGCACCUGCGCCCGAGCCCCCCAAGGAAGUAGAAUUUGAUGCCUCCAAAAUCAAGAUCGAGUUUACACCGGAGCAGAUUGAAGAGUUCAAGGAAGCCUUCAUGCUGUUCGACCGCACACCCAAGUGUGAGAUGAAGAUCACGUACGGGCAGUGCGGGGACGUCCUGCGGGCGCUAGGCCAGAACCCUACACAGGCCGAGGUGCUCCGUGUCCUCGGGAGACCGAAGCAGGAAGAGCUCAACACCAAGAUGAUGGACUUCGACACGUUCCUGCCCAUGCUCCAGCACAUUUCCAAGAACAAGGACACAGGCACCUACGAGGACUUUGUGGAGGGGCUGCGGGUCUUUGACAAAGAGGGCAACGGCACUGUCAUGGGUGCGGAGCUCCGCCACGUGCUGGCCACUCUAGGUGAGAGGCUGACCGAAGAUGAGGUGGAGAAGCUGAUGGCGGGGCAGGAAGACUCCAACGGCUGCAUCAACUACGAAGCAUUCGUGAAGCACAUCAUGGCCAGCUGAGCCUCCCAUCCCAGGGAGCCCGGGAGGACACACCAGAGACGCUCAGCCCCCCUCUGAUGCUGACAUCAGGGGCUUGGAGUUGCGGGGAGCAGGGAGCGCAUCGAGGCUCCUACAUCAGCAACCUCAGCACCACCGUGCAGACAGCCGCAGACAGCCCUGCCCGUCAUCUCCCUGUGCAUCUCUGUCCUCAUCCCGGGGCCUCAUGAAUAAAGGGCUUUUGUCCUUCC